AGGCUGGGUGUCUCAGUGCUGAGUUAGGCAGUGUGGUGAGCACACCUCAUGGCUGGGCUCCGCAGGCCACCCUGUGUGUGUGUCUAUGUGUCGUGUCUGUGACCCCCCCAUCCCUCUGACACCUCCUGACCUGCUGCCAGGGUCAUUCCUCUGCUCCUUCUCCACCAUGUUAACUUACAGAUGCUGGGAGAAGCUGGGCGCUUGCGCCUCUAUGUAGGAAACUCCGCGUGUUGCUAUCGUGUGGUCAAAAAAUGGCAGUGUGUGCAGAGGAUGUACGCCCCAUACAAGUGUGUAUUGAUCUGGGAAGCAUAACAAGCCAGUGUUGAUACAGCCUAAAUGAGUAUUCAUCGACCAAAUGGCGAAUAAAUUACUAAUCAAUAAGCUUCCAGCCGUAAGCGGCUUUUCUAAGCUUCCAUUCUAUCUCGUCUUCUGCCACUGAGGUCAACACUGAACUUCUUCCUCAGCUUACAAGAGUAUUCAAGCAGUAUUACACUUUAAGCUUUCUUAGGAAAAAGGAAACUUACAAGCAGCAGCAGCAGUAACAGCAACAAGAACAGCACUUCUUCAAGAGGGUAGUCGCCCCAGCCAGAUCCUACGUACUGGAAGGAUUCCCUGCUGACAGUCAUGCCAGGGAUCGUGGUGUUCCGGCGGCGCUGGUCGGUGGGUUCAGACGACCUGGUCGUUCCUGGAGUCUUCCUCUUCAUCCUUCACACCAUAUGGUUGAUCGUGCUGGCUGCCAUCUACGGUGUGGUGGGCAGCAGGGAUGGCCCCGGCGCCUCGUGCUGGGCUGAGCUGAGGGAACACGUGGUAGGGUACCUGGUCAUCCUGUCAGGUUGUGUGGUAGUGGAGUUCUGUAUCGCUCAUGUUGCCAUGAAAGGUACUAUCCUGGACCCAACACCACGUGCCUCCAUGCAGUACCUGCUCUACGUCAGGCUAGCGGUGCUGGUGGCAGAGCUGGUGUGGGUGGUGCUGGGCGUGGUGUGGCUUAGUCAGCACUACCAGACUUGUACCUCCAAGACUGCCAAGGACGCCAUACUAGGUAUUGUGGUGUGCAACUGGUGCGUGAUGGUGUCUGUGGUGAUCACGGUGUGGUGUACCUUCGACGCCGCCGGCAGAAGCUGGGUGAAGAUGAAGCGGUACCAGCGCUCCAUGAGGGACUCUCACACCAGGUUCCAGUACCGCCGCUCUGGUAACAGGAACAGGAACUGGAGGCAGAGGAAGGUGUUACGAGCCUACCAGGACAGCUGGGACCACCGCUGCCGUCUGCUCUUCUGCUGCAUGGGCAAGUCUGAUGACACUAGGGUAGUAUCCUUGGGUUCGAAUGCAAAUCUUGUCUUUUCCGACAGAAUUUUUUCAGUGAUAUUGCACACUUUAGCGAAUUCUUUCCGUGAUCUGGAUUGGCCCUCAGAUGUUGUGGCUGGUCUUGUCCUCCUCAGAAAAUAUCAAAAACUUAAUCGGCAAGAAAUUGUGAGAAGUAACAAAAAUGAUGUGUAUGAGUUUCUGUCAGGCGUCCCUAUCACCCCCAGGACUCGAUUCCUGCAGCUGUCAUCGCUGGAGGGAAAAGAGGAAUUUGAGAAGAUUGUGCACUACAUGAGGUUUGCUUUGGCCAUAUAUGGUUGGCCAAUGUUCUUCAUGGCUAACUCUACCCUUGAGGCAUGCAGGUUGUGUCCAUUACUCAGAUGCUGGCAUUGCUGUUCUUCCCAUGAGGGAAUGCCUGAGGUGGUGGAAGACAACUGUUGUGGAUGCAAUGUAGCUGCUUUCAUGAGAAUGGCUCCAUCAGAGGGGUUAGACCUGGUCUACGUCACUUACCAUGUUGAUGUUGGGGAGACCCCAUUCUUUGUGGCCCUGGACCAUCAUCGCCGUACCAUUGUUAUUAGCAUCCGUGGCACUUUAUCCAUGAAGGAUGUGAUCACUGACCUUAAUGCAGAGAGUGAGCCUCUUCCCAUGGAUGCUAUUAAAGAGGACUGGCUUGGACACAAGGGUAUGGUAUCUGCUGCUGAAUAUAUACGUCGCAAAAUUCGUGAAGACAAUAUUUUAACACGUGCUUUUGGUUUUGACACGAGUCGUGGCACGCAGACGUACGACCUGGUAUUAGUAGGUCAUUCAUUAGGUGCUGGCACUGCAGCCAUUCUUGCCAUCCUCCUCAAGCAAGAGCACCCAAAUCUCAGCUGUUUUGCAUAUUCUCCACCUGGAGGGCUUCUCAGCAUGCCAGCAGUAGAGUAUACCCGAGCCUUUAUAACAUCAGUUGUUGUAGGAAAAGAUGUUGUUCCAAGAAUUGGCCUCCAUCAAAUGGAAUCUAUGAGAGCUGAUCUCAUUAAUGCCAUCCAACGAUCCAAGGAUCCUAAGUGGAAAACAAUCAGCUCAUCUGUGCGGUGUUGUGGAGCCUGGGAGGAUAGCGGAGGGGAAGCAGAAGAGUUCAACACCACACGUGCAGCCAUGAGGGAUCAUGCAUCACACCCAUCAGAUGCAUCUAUUGCACUCACCGUCCAUCAACCAUUGUAUCCCCCAGGCCGCAUCCUCCAUGUUGUCAGACAUCAUCCUGAUAAGAGACAGCAGAAAUAUGAAUCCAGGUGGAGACGGUGGCUGCGAAGACCUCAGCCAGUGUACCAGGCAGUGUGGAGAGACAAUGAAGACUUCGAUGAGGUGCUCAUUUCACCAUGUAUGAUCCAAGACCACAUGCCGGAUAAGGUUCUCAAAUCAUUGGAGAAGGUCCUGGAGAACCCAGGCCCAACGAAACCACAGAGACUGUCAGACAGCCCAGCUCGACGGAAGAGUGAUGCCCCUACUCCUGAAGGGGAAACCCGCCGUUUGCUGUCCUCGUGUCCAUCUACCCCACUCACCCUCAUGCAACCAAGCCCAGUUAAUGGCUCAUUUAAAUCUAAUCCCAUUACAAGUACCCCCAUAUCAAAUGCUGUGGGUGGAAGUCGUCUGGCAACACCACCUCAUAGACUGCUGUUAGAGACAUCUUUUACCUGUUUACCCUCAGCCUCACCUGAACCUCCACCAGACCUUCGUCGUCAUGCACACAUCCAUUCUCCUGCAAUUACUUGGGAAUUGUUAUCAGCACUUGAAGAACAGUUACUUUUAGGUAUUAGGGAAGCAGGAAGAGGAUUGGUUGAGCGUGGGGAGGAAGAUUGGGUGGCAGGUGUGGCACCCCUAGCUUCUCCAGAGACACUAAGUGAAGCCUCUAGUGUAGUGUCACGAGCAUCAUUGUUGUUGAGAGAGGGAAGAAGAGGUUCUGCUACAGUAGUGCCACUCCAUCAAUCUCCACUGCUCAAUCACCGUCUACCUCCAGCUCGUCUUGGGGCUGGGUAUUGCUUUUAUGUAGAGACUCCUCCCAUGGAUUCCAGAAGACAGCUGUUACCUACUUCAGAGCAACUCCCAGAGUCUUCUGAUGAUGAAGAAAUCCCACAGCGGCCAAUCUCACCUUCUUCCUUCAUCACCAUUGAACCAAUCAUACCUACACCUCCCACACUCCGGAAAAGCAACGAAUUACAAAGCUCAAAUUUUCUAAAUCCUGUACCUCUUGUUCUGAGUAAUGAACAGCAGUCUAUUCCAGACUUGGACCUUGAAGAAAAUAAAGCUACUGGAACCGUCCAAAGUAUUAUGGAAACUACUCACAAGAAAAAUGGAAUCUUAUCAAAUGAAGAAACUAGACUUAGUAAAAAAAGUGAAAGUGCAGGAGAGUCACCUGAUUCCCCUAGAAGUGGACCAAGUCGAGCAUCAUCAUCUGGUUCCUCUCAAACUUCUCAGAAGGUAAAAUUUGACAUUACAGCUUCACAGAUGUCUCGUGAUUCAGGGUAUGGUGAAAAACUGAAUGGUUAUGAAAAUCUUGGUGUCACUGGAGUAGACUGGGGAAUCACAAGUGGAGGGUGGGGAGGACAUCAGCAGGAGUACGGCCGAGGGCAGUCUUCCCUUGUACAUCACUAUAUGUACUCUGGAGUGUCACCACAACUUUCUCCUUCUUCCCUAGCAAACACAGAUUCCUUCACCUCACCCCUUACUUCUGACCCACCCUCUUCACAAACCCCUUCUCUUCUUCCAACCCCGGUAGAUAUUCCACGAGUCACUACUUGCAUAUCAAGUCCUGCAACUGUAUCUUCACAAAACCCUCACCCAUUAUACAUAGCAACUCCACUUUUACAUGACCUUAGUCAAUCCCCUAAACCUGUCACUAUAGUUGGGCGGUCACCUCGAAGAGCGGAAAGCAGUGUUUAGUACAGUUUUAAGAAAUCAGUUAUAUAUAUGAAACAUAGCAUUGAUAAGCAUUCAGAUGAUUACCGUUCAGUACCUAGCCCCCAAAAUGCAAUUUUAUGUUUGUUUCAUACUUAAUUUUAUUUUUAAAUCAUUGUCAAUCCUCUUUUAUGUUCUGUAUGCUAAAGACAAUGCAUACAUGCAUAGAUAUUUCAUAAACAUUUCAUGUUCAUAUACCUUCAUGUUUUUAUUAUAUUUUUAAUAAAUGUAAAAGUUAA